UAUUGAAAAUGACAAAUAACUAAAAAUUUUACAAGAAAAAAUUGCUUUUGGAAUAACCGUUUACAACGCUAUUUAUGGCUGCAUUGUAAUAAAUUUAAUGCUAAAUGUAUAAUGUCGCUGGAUGGCGCCCAAUUAAACUAUGUAAAUGCCGCUGGCACUACAGUCGCAUACACAGCGAAAGGACGUAACUUCAAUGUGGGCUCCUUUUUGGGCUGCGAUUUGGUGCUGCCCGAUGCCGAGCGCAUUCACUGCGAGAUACAAUGCGACGCCUUUGGCAGGGUAACCAUCUACAAUCACUCUAGCAACCAGCCAAUCCUGCUUAACGAUCAGAUUGUCCAGGUGAAGGCCAAGCGUCCACUGCUGCAUGGCGCACGCAUUCAAAUACUAAAUGAAUCAUAUACUUGGCAUUUUCCCAAAAGUGAAGAGGCUAACACACCGGACCGACCGCCACCGGAGCAGGCGCCAAAUUCAUCGCCCAGUUUGAAAGUGAGUACACGUCGUCAAUUCGACAAUCGCCUCACCGUCCACAAUUUUCGAUAUUCAAUCAAUUCGGACGAUGAAGGCAACACAUCGAUUGAAUCGCGCGAACUGGAGCUUAACACAAGCAGCAAUGCAGCAAAGCCUUCAGUUGUGGCAGAGCCGGAACGCUGUAUAACACCACCAGCCAAAGAAGGUGACGAUACGAUGCCCAAAGUGAAUCUGCUAGAGGCGACACAGAAUAAGGAGAACACCAGCACGCCCUGUAAUAAGUUAAUGUUACAGUUGUGUGCCCGGUCGGAUGUGGUAGUCACAUCCUUUUCACCACGCGAAACGGGCGUCAAGAUUGAAAAGUCCUUCACGCGCAUCAUGAAACCCAGUACAGCAAUCGGACUGCUGUCCGCGGCGGCAACGCCGAAAAGCGUCUAUAAUACGCCGAAGAGUGUGCUCUCCGAGCAGAACGAUGAUAGCUGCAGUCGUGAUCUAAUGGAGUUCAGCACGCCGUCCACAUCGAAAAAGGCUCUGACUGGCAAACGUCCAUCAUCCAUGUUUCUAAUUGAUUUGACAACGCCGCAACGGUUGCGGCCCACAUUAGCCGUGACUCCCAAACAUACGCCCGGCAGUGCUGGCAUCAUUAGUGUCGACUCCACAGAUGAAUCCUCUGAUGCUUCACCGCUGGUCAUAGACAUAACCAACUCGUCCACGCCUUCAUCAUCAAAACAACAGCCACGUCUGUUGGCCAAAACGCCCAAGGGGGAGUUGCUGGCGGCCGCCUCCACGCCGAAGCGUACGCCGCAAUCGCUGAUGAAACGUGCACUGAUCACCAGCGCCAAGAAGCAAUUGCCAACACCUAACAGCAAACGCACUACGCCGGCGGCAACGUCGAGCAGGCAGUCGCUCGAGGCACGUCGUCAGUGCCUGACCGCGCCACGACGCCUGCCCUUCCACCCGCAGCCGCAAUGGCGCACUGUGGGCCGUCGUCAGCAGUCCGGAGUGCCCACUAAAGCACCGCUGACAUCACCACGCAAACGCCAGUCUGUAUGCUUAAGCAGUCCGCGCGACAACAAAAUCUCGCAGGUGCGCAAAACACUGGCCGCCGCCGCCAAGCUGAGUCCCGGCAUGGGUAUGAGUAAUAAGCUGGUGGCCAGAGCACGUCGUGCUCUUAACUCGCCCAAGCAAAAUUCACCGCAGCGCAUCGCCUCGCCCAAAGUUGAUACGGCGCAGACAAUAGAAGCACCAGACCUUGCAGCCAAUGAAACCUUUACAACAGACCUUGAACUGAAUUCUUCGGCUGAGCUGAGUCGCACGUUUACCAUAGAUGAUAAUGGCGCAAAUGUGGAGCAGCCCAUGAAAGCAGCAGCUUUGGAGGCAGUGGCUGCUUUAAUAAACGAUGAAGAUAAUGGAAAGCCCUGCCUAGUUGGUUUGCUGGACAGGAGUGUGGAUAACAGCAAGCAGCUAGAUGCUUCUCUUAAUGAACGCCAAAGUAAUGGCAAUGCUGCACGAUUGGAGCUUAAUGAGAGCAGCACAGAAAUAGUGUCUGUAGCAGGCACCAAAGAUAUCGAAAUUUCCAGAGCAAACAGCGAAAACAGUGAGCCCGUGAAUAAGACCCAUGAUGAAACGGAAAAUCAUGCAAUAGACAGAACCUUUGAUGCAAAUGGUUUUCAGGAUUUGCCUGCAGAUAUUUGUAUUGAAAACAAAAAUAACGAACCCCUGAAGACAGGUGUGGGGCAUUCGACAAUAGUUGAGCCUACAAAUGAGAGUUUAAUUCAGGAGGAGAAUCUUAAACCGGUUGAGAAGAAAGGUACCAGCCAUGAUAAAUCUAUUAGAUCACAAGAAACAGACCAGGAAUUGGUUGAGGAUCUACACACUGUAAGCGUGUGCAAUGUGACAACAGUUGAUGUUAUUGACGAUAGCAUCUGCGAGGAGGUCGCCACAACAACAACAUAUCAAGAAGCUGAGGAUGGUAUUACAGACCUGCACCUAGCUGAGGACGCCAUUUGCGAGGAGGUGCCCACCAGCGAAGAGAAUGCUGCCCCAGAUAAUGAAUCUAGGCAUUUAUUUUAUGACAGUGUGGACCUGAGCACAGGGUAUUUUUCAUAUUUUUAUUUUAUGAAUACAGAUUCGCCAGAGGAAGGUGUGGAACAGAUUGCACCGUCAGGAAAAACACCAAGACGCAGCAUGCGACGCCUUUCAGUGGAACAGAGUGCAGUCGGCUUAACGACCAGACGCAGCGUUCGCCGCGCCUCCAUGGAGGCCAACAACAAGCUGCAGCAGUGCAGCAAGCCCACACGUCGUGCCUCGUGCUCGGCGAGUCUGGAAAAUCAUGUAAACGUCAUGGCUCCCGCCACGCCCAAACGUAAGAGGCGCCUCACGGAGGAGCUGUCUACGCCAACUCGCAAAUCGCUACGCUUCCCAACCCAUACACCGAAGCCAGCAGCGGAAGUGGAUGAAUCAGUGGGCGACAUGGGCGUCAUAGUAGAAGAGGAGGAUCCACAACAGAUAGAAGCUGAUAAAUUUCCGGCGGAUGAAGAUUACGGCAAUGAAGUGACAGCUGAUGCGGAUGAACCAGAUAAAAUUGACUACCAUGGCAUGCGGGAACUGUUGAAGACGCCCAAAAACUGCAGCACACCGCGUUUCAAGGGACUCCGCGAAAUGAUGCGCACACCCAAGGUGCCCAAUUCGCCCAUACUGGGCAACAUUGAGGAGCUACUGGAAUCUAAUUCAAAUGAUGCAACUGCCACGCCCAAACGUCAACAAACUGUUAACCGUAUUAUAUUGGAGCUGUCACAUGCUGCAGCGCCGGGCGAUGCACAUGACUUGUAUUUCAAGACGCCACGUGGCAAGAAUCUAAUGAUACCAAAUGAGCCCGCCAGCGCUGUGCUGAAAACGUUUGAGAAUUCGCUGGCCACCACCACUGAAUACGAUUUGAAUGCAACAAAUACUACGUUGCACUUGGAUAAAAUCUUUGAUGAUGUGCUAACUACCGAAGCAACAAAUCCCGUCAUCACUGUCGAGGACUCGGAGGCCGAGAUAAACGUGACUGCUGUUAGCGUAGCUAAUACUACUGCUCCGGAUCCGUUGUCCACAUCUGUAGCAAGAGCCGAGUCUGUGGAACCGAGUGACAGUAUAAACUCCGAGGCGCUGAUGACAAUUGCUAACAUUGAUGCCAGCAAUCGGGAUCCCUUAACAAGCACCGCAUUUAAGCCUGGCGCUGGAGGGGAACUUCAAAUGAGUGCGCUGAUCGAUGACCGUUAUUCGGAUAUAGCUAAAUCUUCGGAAAUUUGCGAAGUGAGCGGCAUACAUCUACUCGAUCAAACAUCGGAUUCCAUGUUCUCUGAGCAACUAAUUGUUUCCGGCGUGGACUCGUGCGAUGUGACAUUGGAGGAAACAAAGGCCACGGGUCGAGUAAAAUUGCGUACACCCAGGAAAGAGAGGCUAGAAGAAUUUUCUGAUACGGAUUCAAUGGUGGGUCUGACUGAGCCUCUAGUACUCAGCGACGAUGAGGAUGAGGUGGAAGUUGUACCAGAUGCCAAUGAGCAAUUAGAGAAGCCAAAUGUCAACAAAUCUGUCGUUCAACUAGAAAAAACUCAAUUUGAACAGGAGCAUUCUCAUCAUGUAUCUAUCCAAGAACCGGCACAAGAUAAAUGCGAUUUUGAUAUAGCUGAGAACUCAUCAGUCAAGGAGCAAGACUGCAUUGAAAAUAAAUCAGCUACCUUAGAUAAUUCUCAGAAAAAUGGCCAGGAAACUGAAGUCUCAAUUGUCGAAGAACUAUCAGUUCAACUUGAAACAUCAAAUCAAACCGUAUCCCAGAUUAAUCUGGAGGCAACGAACAUAGACGUAACGGUUUCUCAGAUUGAUAUCAAAAGAAAGUCUACAAUUUAUACUAUUAAUGUUAGCCAGGAUGAACUUAACACAAGCUUAGAAGAAUCUUUCGAACACGAUCUAAGCAAAGUACAAGACGAGUCCACGAAUGAACAGAAUGCUUCAAACGCAGCUGAAGAAGCGUUGCGUCAAGAUAAAACUGAAGCUCCAGACGUGUGCGAAGAUGAGUCCAUAAUAGAAAUGAAUGUUGGGGAAAUGAAUAAAUCAAAAGUUAAUGACAAAAAUAAAGACGUGCAGUUCAAUAAAACUCAAGAUAUUGAGCAACUAGAAAAUGAACUGCAAGCCGUCGAUACACCUUUCGUAGAUUUAUCGAUUGCCACUAAUGAAAAAGAAGAAGUUCUGGAAUGUGAACUCUCCUGCAAAGGAAAAGGCGAGUUUCGAAAAGAGAAAAGUCCAGAGCUUCAAUUAAAUGUAUGCAAAGAAUCCCUGGAAAAUGACUUGGCAAAAGAUACAAAUGAAGCCGAUAUACCGGGGAAACUUGAAGCCACAAAUGCGCAAGUGUCAAUUCUGGAAGAAGCGACAGCUCAGCCUGAAAUUAUAGAGUCCAAAGAAACCGCAAUAAGUUCCACAAGCGCAUCUAGGAAAACUUUUGAUGUACAAGCUGAGGAACUUACAAACACACCAGCUGAUGAGAAGGCAAUUGUUAGAAAUGUAACUAUUACAGUCGAUCUAGAAGAGUCCGUGAUUGAAUUGGAUGCCUCUGUACUAGAAGAAGCAGACAUUCUAAUUGAACAAUUAGAGGAGCAAAUUCCAGAGAUUGUAAUAACAUCGCCCAGUGAGAUACUAGAUUCAAAUGAAGCUGAGGUGGAAACUAUUCAACUUAAUGAGUUGUUGAUUGAAAUCAGUGCCUCAACGGUGGCUGAAACUGAAUCCAAAGGCGAGGCUACCUCUAUCGAAGGUGAGCCGGAAGUGGAGAUGAAUGCCUCAGCAGGCAAAUCAGUUGUUCAAGAAGAUAUCCAAGAACCUAACCCAGGAUCUGCCGAAGAAUUGUUAAACCAAUUGAAUUCCACUGAUCAACAUGAAGCGCUGCUUGCUUUUGAAGCAUGCAGCGAAUCUGACAAUGGGGAAAAGAAGGCACAAAUACAACCGCACGAGAGGAAAUCCGUCGAAUCUGAAGUGCUCUCUGAGGAAUCUGGUGCUCUAUCUAUCCUUGAAAGCAGUACAACCAAUAAGAAUGAGUCGAAAGUUCAGCUUGAUGAUGAAAACAAAAAUAAAUUUAAUGCGUCGUUUGAUGACAUCCUGCCCAGAUCUUCCGAAGAAUCCUCAGUGGACACGAACGAAGCUCCUGCUAUUGAGGCUUCCGCCAAUGUAGAUGCGCCACUGAUUGAACCAGAUGCAUCUGUUGUAGGCGAAGGCAAUAAAAAUAAGCAAAAUGUCAAUGAACAGGUUAGCGAAACAACCGAAAAAUCAAUGAUUGAUAAGGAUAAGAAUACAACUCAACUUGAUGAGGAAGUCACGAAUGUAGAUGAGUCCGUCAUCGAAUUAAAUGCUUCAGUUUUAGCACAAACUGAUAAUACUUUGGAUGAACCCCAAAUACAAGCACCGGCUCCAUCUGAAGUCAUGAAUGUAGAUGUGUCGUUGAUGGAACAGAACACAUCAGUUGUGGGAGAAACGGAUAAUGUAAGCAAACAACUUAGUGGAGAAGCUCCUGAAAUGAUGGAAGCAUCUGCUGAAAGAGCUUCGACUGAGGCUACUGACGCACAUGAAAUGCAAGUCACUGAUGAAGCUUUCGAUGAGUCUGUUGUUGAAUUGGAUGCUUCAGUUGUAACAGCAAAUGAAAUUCUAUGUUCAUCAGAAAAAGCGUCAGUGGAAGCUUCGCACAAAGAUAAUUCCUUAUUUACAUCGAAUGCAGAGACGGAAGGACAGGAAUCUCUUGAAAUACACAUAAACGAAAACCAGACGGAAGAAGAAAAUACGACCAAUGACAAACAAGAUGAGCCGAAAGAGGAAAUUCCACCUAAUAUAGAAUCUUUAGCUCAAAUCCACGACAUAGAAGAAACGGUGGAUACUGUUUCAGAUGCGUCAACAGCGAAUGCGUCAGAUCUUGAGAAACCUGAUGAGGUCUCGGCAGAUAUAAAAUCUGACCAUGAAACUUCAGCUCACAACCAAACAAUCGAUACAUGCGAAGCUGGAACUGACUUUAUUAAAGAAAAUGAAAAUCCACUGGCAAAAGCAAGCCCGGUUCCAGAAUCAUCAGUACAGGCUGAAGAGUCAAAUACAAACUUAGAUGACACGGCUGAUAAUGUAUCAGAAAAGGACACCGAAGAAGGAAAAUCAAAUCCCGUCGCAGAGUCUAUAGACGUACAGGUUGAGGCUUCAAAUUCCAUUUUGAAUGAAUCCGCCUCAAGUGAAGCCAAAACGGAUGAAAAUGAGACUGCUGAAGCUGCGCCUGACAAAGAACAUGGAGUUCAAGUAGAAAGUAGUCAAGUUCUUGACCAAGUUAAAGCUGCAAGCACUGAUCAGUCGGAGCUUAAUGUAGUAGCUGAAAGUGAUCAGACCACGCUUGCCGAGGAAGAGUCUUCUGAAGAAUCAGAAACAGUUGAGGCAGUCAUUAAUUUGGAUGCCAGCUGCGCGCCUGGGAGUAAUCCUGAAUCUGUAGCAGAUAAUCCAAUUGAUGAAAGCGCUGAUCAGUCGGAGCUAAAUGUAAUAGCUGAAAGUGAUCAGAAGAAGCCCACAAUUGCCGAGGAAAAGCCUUCUGAAGAACUAGAUAACCUUGAGGUAGUCAUUGAUUUGGAUGUCAGCUGCACAGCUGGAAAUGAUCCUGAAUCUGUAGCAGAUAAUCCAAUUGAAGAGGGCGUUGAUCAGUCGGAACUAAAUGUAAUAGCGGAAAGUAAUCAGAAGAAGCCCACGAUUGCCGAGGACGAGGCUUCUGAAGAACCAGAAACAGCUGAGGCAGUCAUUAAUUUGGAGAAUGAUCCUGAAUCUGUAGCAGAUAAUCCAAUUGAACAAAGCUUAGCAAUGGAUAAAGAAGAGCAGUCGAAAGAUUUUUUGACUGGCGCUGAAGAAUUUUUAGGUGAAGAAGAAUUGGCUGGACAGCAUGAUAAAGGAGUUGGUAAAAUGACAGAACAACCGAACGUCGCACAGAAAACUGAACAAUCCGAAAAAGCGGAAGAUAUUAUUCCAAUGGAAGCAGCAGAAGAGAUAAAUUUAAGCUCGUCUCAAGUGGAAAGCCUAGACAAACUAGAUGAGGAUGAGGUGGAGAAUACUGAAAAGGUGCCUGCUGAAGUUUUACCUGUUGAAAACGAGGCGGUAAUUGAAUUGGAUGAUUCCACAGUUGACUCCAGCUCUGUAGCUGCGACUGUGAUUGAAUUAGAUGAUUCUACUACAGCAGAUUCCAACUCUAUUGCUGAUGCAACAGUUAUUGCACGUUUUGAUGAAGCGGUUAUAGAACUGAAUGAUUCCUCCACUGACACCAACUCUGCGCUGGAUAAACAAAGUGAGGAUACAAAAACUGAAUCUCCUCUUGGAUCACCGCCAAUGCAAGUCGCAAUCGAAUUGCCUGAAGAUAGCAGUUCGAUUUCGAAUAUAGAAAAUGUCGAUGCAGUAUCAAAUGACAAUUUAAAUCAAGUAACAGUUGAUGAACAAGUAGGCGACGGGUCCGAACGGCAGGCAGUCUCUGAACAAGUUCAAAUAGAGGCAGUAGAUACUGAAGCCCAGAAAGUAAACGAAGCUGAAAAUUUGGAGAACAAAAUGGAGGAAGAGCCAAAGAAAGUGCGACGUGGCCGCAGGCCAUCAAUUCUUGUGGAAACCGAAGCUGAACCUUCCGAACCGAUGUCUACCAAACGUGGCAACAGAAACGCAACACCUACUGUGAAGGAAGAAAGUUCCAAGCUGAUCGAACGCUUGUCAAUAGAUGUGUUUGCCGAAAUUCAAGAUCAAGAAAUAAUUGAAAAAGCGGAAGUGCAGCAAAAUAAGGAUGUCGCGGAAGAUGUGAGUGUGACGAAUGUGAAAAAGGCACCAGAAGCUGAUGAUAAACCGAUGGAAAAGCCCAAGCGACAUAGACGCAAAUCUACGGCAGAGGUUGCGGAAAAUGAAAAGCAAGUGGAGAAAAUGCCGGCGACUGAACAGGAAAAGCCUAAGCGGCGUGGCAAAAAACUUGCCGCUGAAGUUUUUGAUACCCAAGAAGAAGGGAAAGCGGACGACAGGACUAAAAGGUGUGGACGUAAAUCUGCGUUGGAGACGGAAGAAAGUCAAGAAUCCGCUGAAAAGCAGGAAGCUGAAAAGAUCGCAGAAGGAAUCGAAAUCAAUACAGACAAUACGUCCGAUGAAACAAGCGAUUUAACCAAAACGACACGGCGGGGAAGAAAAUCAACAGUUGAUGUCGAAGUCGAGAAUAAUGUGAAAGACACAAUCGCGGAAGAAACCGUUAAGCAUAAUCCCAAACGCCGUGGUAGGAAACCAACAGUGCAUAUUGAAACGGUUGAGAAGGAAGUUGAAGUGACUAUCGCAGCAGGAGUUGUCACACAGGGAGAGAUGUCAGCCGAAGCGAGCGAUCUAAUCAAAACAAAACGUCGAGGGAGAAAAGCAACAGUGGAGGCAGUUGAAACGGAAUCCUCUGCAGAGCAGAAAGUGGAAGAAGCUAUCGAAGCAGAAAGUGAAACACAUGCAGAGAAGUCCGAUGAAGCAAACAAUCUGCCCAAAACCAAACGUCGAGGAAGAAAAGCUACGGAAUCCCCUGCAGAGCAGAAAGUGGAAGAAGCUAUCGAAGGAGAAAGUGAAAUGCAUGAAGAGAAGUCCGAGGAUGCAAACAAUCUGCCCAAAACAAAACGUCGUGUAAGAAAAGCUACAGUUGAGGCAGUUGAAACGAAAUCCCCUGACGUGAAGAAAGUGGAAGAAGCUAUCGAAGGAGACUCUGAAACGCAUGAAGAGAAGUCCGAAGAAGCAAACAAUCUACCCAAAACAAAACGUCGUGUAAGAAAAGCUACAGUUGAGGUUAAUGAAACUAAGGAGCAAGAGGAGAAGAUGAAAGAAGCACUUGUGGAAAAAACAGCAGAUAAGCCGGAUAAGCCGAGGACGAGACGCGGCCGAAAACCGACAACGGAUAUUGAAUCAAGGGAGACGCCAGCUAAAGAGAAACUCGUAGAAGAAAAAAAUGACUUGGACAAACACAAAAAACGUGGACAGAGACCCACCACGGAUAUUGACGAAACGCAUUCUCAAGUGGAAAAGGAAGAGGAGUCAACCGAUACAAAGAAGCCAAUGCGACGGGGACGCAAGCAUUCCGCUGAGGUUGAAGCUGAAGCGCCAGAAGUCGUGACAUCCGUAAAGCCCAUUGAGGAGCCAAUCAAAGAUAAGCCCAAACGACGCGUUCGCAAGGCAUCACCAGCAGAGGUGACAGAAACAACCGAAACAGCGGAACUGCCAGAGCGCAAACCCACGCGUAAUGUACGCAAAGCUUCAGCGGAAACUGUGGAGCAACAAGCUGCAUCAAAGGAUCAGCUUGCUAUAAUUGAAGAAGCAGCCGAGCCGGCGUUAAAGAGCAUGCGUGUGGACGAUCCAGUUGUAGCGGAGACGUCGUCCACUGUCAAAAAGCGUGGCCGACGUCCAUCUAUCCCUGCGGAAUCUGUGCAGCCAGCAACGCCAGCACAGGAGUUGGUCGUGGCAACCGGUUCACGGGAGAAGAGUGCAACGCGACGCGGACGCAAAGCCACAGCCGAUACAGAUGCGCCACCUGAGACGGCCGAGCUUAAGCCAAAGCGACGCGGUCGUAAGGCAUCGGACGAUGGAAUGCACUCGGAUGAAACGUCGCAGGAGCCAGCAGAGAAACAAGCUAGGCGUGGUCGCAAGCCCAGCGCUGACGUAGAGCACAAAGUUGCCGCUGAAGCAGAGCCACCAGUCGAAAAGAAACCCCCAAGACGCGGUCACAAACCUUCAGUUCAUAUGGAAACCUCAGUGGAGGAGCCGCCGCAGGCGAAGAAGGCAACCGCGCGUCGUGGACGCAAAGCCUCUUUGUCCACACCGGUUGAUGAGCUGGAACAGCACCUCGAUGUGCAGAAUUUGCCCGCGCAGCUGUCGGAACCAGCCAUAGUUGUUGUGGCUGCAUCGCCAAAAACACAGCUGCCAAGCUCAGAGGAUGAGCUAACGCCGCGACGCCGCGAAGGACGGAAUUUACCGCGCAAGAACUAUGACGAAACAUCGGAUGAGGAUAAGUUAGGCUCCUCGUCUCGCCGAGUGCGUAAACCUGCAGCCAGCAAGAUGGCCGCAACUACAGCUGCCAAAUCACCGGGUGGUGCAGGGACAUCGCCCAUACCAAAGCCCUCCACGCCGCUGCCCACCAAGCAAAAAACAAUCGCGGAGUCGAUUGUGGAGCCUGUGGCGCCACACACGCCCACUGGACAGACCAUCGUACUGCCAGAUCAAACAAGUUCACAGCGACGUGAGGGACGCAAUGUGCCGCGCAAGAAUUACAAUGAAACGUCCGAUGACGAAAAGCCGGCCACAUCGCGGGGACGUCGUGUCCGUCAGCCGACGGCCAAGGCACUGGAGCUUUUGGUGGAUGCAGCUACGCAACGUCCCGCUACGCCCAAGCGGCGCAAGGGCAAGGCUGCCGCUGAAGACGAAGCCGAACAGCCGCCAGAGAAAAAGGUCGCAGCGGAUGAGGCCACGCCUGUAGUAACCAAACCGCGUGGCGGUGCGCGGCGCAAGGCGCCUGAAGUGGAUGUUGGGGCCGAAGUUAUAGCCGCAGCGCCGACAGCAGCAGCCAAACGCGUUGCACACAGUCGCAAGGAGAGUGCCACCAGUCAACAUGAAGAGGCCGAUGUGGGUAAUGCGGAGCCAAAGCAGACGCCAGCAAAGCGCAAUGCACGCGGCGCUUCGAACGCACGCAAAGCCAAAGGAGCUGAGGCGGAGGCAGACGAGCAGCCGGCUACCAAAAAAGCCCGAGGCGGUGCACGCGCCAAGACGCCAGUCGUUGUGGCGGAGCCAACAAAGGCCAACAAUGUGGAGAUCGAUUCAACGGAGGUGCCGGCCACCAAGCGAGCACCGGCUGCACGUGGACGUGCUGCACGCACCACCAAGGCCGUCCAGGAAGUCGAAGAUGCGUCGGAGGCGCCGGCACCCACACGCGCCGGACGCGGUCGCAAGGUGCACUUUGAGACGACGGAAGAGGCAACGGUCCAGUCUGAACAAUCCGAGGCGCCCAAACGUGCCACACGCUCUCGUCGUAAAUAAAUCAACAUAUAUAUAUAAUUUUAACAUAUUUACAAUUCCGUUUAAAGUU